GCUAGUGCCUCUCGUGACUGGGAACAGAUCAACCGCAAGGGUGUCCCCCACCUGCAUGUCGGAGGAGAACGAUGCUGCAUCACCCGAAGCCGCUAUGCAUAGCGUGUCCUCCUGUGCCAGCUGAGGCGACCUUUCCCACCCCCCUUGCGCUCCCAGAUAACAGCCAAUCACAGGGGAGACACUGAACACACGCUAUUACACAGACACAGGUAAACAAAGCGGCGGCGGGAACAAAAACACAAAGGCACAGAUCGUUACAAUACAUUUACGUUUUGUCAUUGUUGGUCUAAAUCCCGCCAGAACAACAGCUACAAAAUUACCAUAUUGCACAUACUUGUGUAGAAUCGUAUUGAAUAUACCCUAAAUGAAAACGCAUGAUGCAACUGAGGAAUAAUCACAGAUGUCUGUCUGUGUUAAUCACUUUAUAAAAAUAAUGUUCUACCUGGUACCUUUUUUAAAAAAAACUUUUCACUGCAACGUUAUUUUGACAAAAGGUAGUGGCUGCAUGAAAACCGGGACAUUUUUAAGACUGAUGAAUGUCGGACGAUUGACGGGAAACCAGAUAGUCUAGUCACCCUAUCUGUAAGCUGCCUUUUCAGGAAUAUAAACAGCUGUGGCUGUAGAAAAGAUAGAGAUCAGGAACCCGUUGCCAUAGAUACCUCACCAGGAAAGGCUGUUCCUUUUACUUUUGCGUCAUAUCCUGCCGAAUGUUGAGCGCACAACACUGCUUAAUUGUACAAUACCAUGGGGGGGCAGUUUUCGGUUACAAACUGGAUACUGUGUCCUACAUUCCUUCCUUGUGUUUUGCAAGUGGAAAUAAAAAAAGCUGUGCUGCUGUCUUUGUCAGAAUUGCUUGAUAAGCUCUAGUACUGAAAAAGAGAAAGGAAAUCCUUACUUCUAAGCAACACUGCAGUAUGACGUUUUGCUUUUGUUUCGAGUUAAUGACCAAAUUAUUAUUUCGUGUGUCUCUUUGUAAGCUGGAAACAGGAAAACAUUUGGGUACCUGCAAUGCAAGACGUGGACAGUGCACGACCCUUGGAGAGGCAGCAAAGAUUGGACAGAUGCUGUUAAUGCCUUUCACAAAGCGAACAUGUGGACUGAAGUGUACUGGCAGAGCAAGAUGAAAUCGAUUUCAAGUAGGACUCCGUCAGCCCCAGUUGUGCUUGUGGGCUUUCAGAACGCAAUCUCUCCAAGUCACGCUGAUGGUGGCCGUUAUCAAAUGAGCAUCCAAUGGACACUCUUAAGUUUCUUGACUGGAAUGCAGCCAGGUGGAUAUAUAGCUUUAGCUGGAGAUCAAUUCAUAAUGCAAUGUGCUUCACUAAAUCAAUCAGUUAUCUAUAAUGAUUCCGAGAGCUAUCAAAACAAGGUUGCAUGGUUUCGACAUUAUCAGAAUGGGGGCCAGGCACAGCUGGUUGGCAAUGGACACGAGAACGUUAUCCUGAAAGGAAAUUUCUUAUGGUUUACAAAACUGGAAACUAUUCACUCAGGGGUAUAUUCCUGUCAAAUAAGGGAUGAGAAGAUAUACCUCACAUUAGCUGUUAAGCAGAAAAACAAGACACACUGCCAGGAUUAUGCACACAGCACAGUAGACCUACUGUCUGGUAGCGGUGAUUCAAUAACCUGUCCUAUGACUUGUUACAGUGCUUCGGGACAUUUGCCUGUGAGAUGGUACAAGAAUGGGAAACCUGUGAAAUUGAACAAAAACAGACCAACGCUGGAACUUGAAAAUGAAAAACUUGUACUAAAGACGGUCUAUAUAACAGACGCUGCCAAUUAUACAUGUGAUUUAAACUACAGUGAAAACAAUACUCUGUGGAUUGUGAGAAGAAUGUUAACAGUCAGAGUUUUUGGACAAGAAACCAAGAGACCACCAUCUAUUCUCAACCUCAAUGGUGUGAAGACUAUUGAAGCAGAACUUGGGAAAUCUGUAACACUGGAGUGCAGAGUUAAUUUUGGUUUUGAAAGAAACUUUACACCUACAAUUAAAUGGUUAGUCAAUAACAAUGACAACUCAACUGACAUCAGACUGGAAUUGGAAGAAAGCCGAAUUGUUGAGGAUGACAGAAAGGGAAAAACUAUUCUCCACACAGCUUACUUGAGUAAAGUGACUGAAAGACACCUUAUUGCCACAUUUACCUGCUUUGCACAAAACUUUCAAGGGAACACAACUGGUAUAUUGAGGCUUAAAAAGAAGAGUCCAGUGAAUGGACCCUUUCUAACAUACAUAUUGUGUGGAAUUAUUUCGACAGUCGUUUUCAUAUUUGGUGGAAGUGCCUACAUAUAUAUUCACUGGAUUGAAAUAGUUUUGUUGUACAGAAAUUAUUUUCCAUACGAUGAAACCAUAGGAGAUGGGAAGGAAUAUGAUGCCUUUAUAUCACAUGCUAACCACUUCUCUUCUGAAGACAUUUUGGAGUCAGAAGAGGGAGGUGGUGUUACAGAAGAGAUGUUUGUGUUGAAGCUCCUCCCAGAGUUCUUGGAGCAGCAGUGCGGAUACAAGUUAUGCUUCCUUGAGAGGGAUGUGCUACCAGGAGGAGCUUACACAGAAGACAUUGUUUCAUCUAUCAAAAGAAGCAGAAGAGUGAUUUAUGUCCUCAGCCCAAGAUACAUAAGCAGUCCUUGCAUUUUUGAACUGCAGACAGGAAUCAAUCACCUGUUGGUCGACAAUCAAUUUAAACUGAUUCUGAUCAAGUUCAGGCCAUUGCCCGAAAUGGAUACCCUCCCUCAUGUAGUCAAGAGGGCACUAAAGAUUUUACCAGCAAUGAAAUGGAAUGGUUCCAAAUCUAAUCAUUCUGAUUCUACAUUUUGGAAGAAUGUCAGGUAUUACAUGCCGGUAAAGAAAACAAAAGUCUCCAACGCCUGCAGAGAUGGAGUGUGGAUCUUUGUGAACAAAAAAGAUUUAAAGUGGAUUUGCAAAAUGUAUAGAGUCUGACAAGGUCCAAGACAGGUAAAGGCAGUAUUGGCAUGCAAAUCUUUAAAAAAUGAUCCCUAAAUAUUAGGUGGCUGGUGAGUGGACACAGACCAGAACCUUAAUGGCAGUCACUCUUUGUAGCUCUGUGAUCCAAGGUGGUUCUAUGUUGUUAACCAGUGAUUCAUCAGCCACCAGGGGGUGUUCUUUAUCUAUAUAUACUGUAAGAACUGUCUCUGACUUGUGUACUGUAUUAAGCUGCUUAUCAGUUCAACAAUGCUAUUGGUCAACAUAACAGUUUUGUUUUGCUUGCUGUAAUGGUCUGUAUUUUGACAGCUGUAAAGGGACUGUCUUCUUGUUGAAAUAAGCUCUCCUAACUUAUUGCCCAUGAUAAACAGGCAUGCCCAUGGAAAAUAGUAUUAUUAUUAUUAUUAUUAUUAUUAUUAUUAUUAUUAUUAUUAUUAUUAUUAUUAUUAUUAUUUAUUUGGCAGGCUGCUUUAUCCAAGGCAACUUACAGGUGUUGCAGGGCAAUACAGUAUUACAAUGCAAGAUUAACAAGAGUGCGCUAUAGAG